AUGACCGAGCCCGGGCUCAAUAUUUCCCCGGAUUGUCCGCCUCGAGACGAGGCACACUGGCCCCGCGAACCUCGAGCCGCGAACCCCCACUAUACCCACGCGCGCAUUCCAUCGAGCAAUCUCCUGUCCGCCAACACCAUGCAGUCCAGCGAAGCAUUCCAUGCUCACGAUGAGCAGUUCCAAGCUACUCUGGGCUCAACGCCGAGCCUAGAGCUCUUGCUUGAGAAAGACUACCCAUUCGCCCAUGAAGCAGGAAUUUACAUCGCCGCAACAAGAGAGCUAUUCAUCACCAGCAAUAAAUGCACAAACGCCGACGGUACUCCCGAUAUCAAAAUCACCCGCGUCAACCUAAGCAACAAUCCAGUCACCGCCGAUGAAAUCACCCCCGACAUCCCCAUGGGCAAUGGCGGAGUGAACUGGGGUGCUGAUGCCUUGAUAUGCGGCCAAGGAACUUUGGACCGGCCCAGCGGACUGUACUCGAUGUCUGUGGAAGCACCGUAUUCUUCAAGCUUGGUGAUAGGAGACUUCCUGGGACGACCGUUCAAUUCCGUCAAUGAUGUCGUUGUUCAUUCGGAUGGGUCGAUCUGGUUUACUGAUCCGACGUAUGGGUUUGAGCAAGGGUAUCGACCGGAUCCUGCAUUGCCUAGCCAGGUCUAUCGCUUCAAGCCUGGUAAUGGUAGUAUUCGAGCGGUAGCGGAUGGGUUUGGGCAUCCGAAUGGAAUUUGUUUCUCUCCGGACGAGAAGACGGUUUAUAUCACCGAUACCGAUAAACAGAAUGGUGAUGGGACGAUUGAUCACCGGAAAGCUUCUGCGAUGUAUGAUUUACUUUGGAAAUUUUGUGUUGCUAAUGGGUGGGCUAACCUUGUGCGCAAUACUUCUAGUUAUGCAUUCGACGUGUCUGUUUAUCAUGGCGAGCCGUUCCUUACUAAUCGCAGGCUAUUUGCCGCGACGGACGCAGGGAUCCCUGACGGCAUAAAAUGUGACCUUGAUGGUAAUGUUUAUAGUGGAUGUGGUGAUGGGAUUCAUGUUUGGUCUCCGGGUGGUGUGCUCCUUGGAAGGAUUCGGAUAGACGGAGGAUGUGCGAAUUUCUGUUUUGGAAAAGAUGGGGAAAUUUUCGCUUUAAAUGAGCAUCGACUUUGGAGAGUGCAGCUUGGAGCUCACGUCAAAGGCGCAUUACUUGGUAUCUAA